UUGUAUCAAAACUUGCGGUAACACUCUGCACGCGGAGCGUCAGUUUUACUCAAGAGAAAAAAUUUAACGUCGGCCGCGUUUUUUCGUCGGUAAUAAAGAAUUUUUGGAUAUAGUGGAGUUUUCGAUUAAAUAUUAGUGCAAACGCCCAAUAGCAAAACGAUUGCGCGCAAAAAUAUCUCGAGCUGAGAGAGCAUAUUAAAACGUAUUAAGAAAGCUCCAAAACAAGAAAAAUGUCAACUAAAUCCCGACGCGCUGGCACCGCGACGCCGCAGCCCGGCAGCACUUCGACCCCGCUGCCACCAACUGCUCCGCCGCAACAUCAAUCGUCGCAGUCGCAAUCGCAACAGGCGAAUAGCCCAUUAAGCCCCACGCGCCAUUCGCGCCUCGUGGAGAAGGUCGAGCUGCAGAAUCUGAACGAUCGUCUGGCCUGUUACAUCGAUCGUGUGCGCAACUUGGAGACGGAGAACUCGCGCCUUAGCAUCGAGGUGCAGACAACACGUGACACUGUCACCCGUGAGACGACCAACAUUAAGAACAUUUAUGAGACGGAACUGAUCGAGGCACGUCGACUGCUCGACGAAACAUCACGGGAACGCGCCAAACUCGAGAUCGAUACGAAACGCUUGUGGGAGGAGAACGAAGAGUUGACUGCGCGUCUGGACAAAAAGACCAAGGAAUGCAGCGCUGCUGAGGCUAAUGCCCGCAUUUAUGAGUCGCGCGCCAAUGAGCUAAGCAAUAAAUUCAAUCAAGCCAAUACGGAUCGCAAAAAGGCUGUCGAUGAGUUGAACGAGGUGCUCAAGGAGCUGGACCGUUUGCGCAAGCAGCUGGAUGAUACUCGCAAGAAUCUUGAGCAAGAGACAUUGGCACGCGUUGAUCUCGAGAACAACAUACAGAGUCUGCGCGAAGAGCUCUCUCUGAAGGAUCAAGUUCAUGUCCAGGAGAUUAACGAAUCGCGUCGCAUUCGCCAAACCGAAUACAGCGAGAUUGAUGGGCGUCUGUCCUCGGAAUAUGAGGCUAAGCUGCAACAAUCGUUGCACGAACUGCGCAGCCAAUACGAGGAGCAGAUGCGCAACAAUCGCGAUGACAUUGAAUCGCUGUAUGAGGCCAAGAUACGUAGUCUGCAGGAUGCCGCUUCGCGUACUCACAACUCGACACACAAGUCCAUCGAGGAGCUGCGCAAUUCACGCAUUCGCAUCGAGGGCUUGAAUGCCAAGAUCAACGACUUGGAGUCCACUAAUGCUGUGUUGAAUGCGCGUAUUCGUGAGUUGGAACAGCAGUUGGACAAUGAUCGCGAACGUCACGGCCAUGACAUUGCACUGCUCGAGAAGGAGCUGCAUCGUUUGCGCGAAGAGAUGGCACUGCAGCUGCAAGAAUACCAGGAUCUGAUGGACAUUAAAGUCUCACUCGAUCUCGAGAUUGCUGCAUACGACAAGCUGCUGGUGGGCGAGGAGGCGCGUUUGAAUAUUACGCCAGCCAACACUGCGACUGUACAGUCGUUUAGCCAAUCGUUGCGCAGCUCACGUGCCACACCCUCGCGACGCACCCCGUCUGGGGCACUGAAGCGUAAGCGCGCCGUUGUCGAUGAGUCGGAAGAUCGCAGUCUCUCCGACUUCUAUAUCACGUCCAGUGCCAAGAGCAAUGUGGAGAUCAAAGAGAUCGAUCCAGAGGGCAACUACGUAAAGCUGUACAACAAGGGCAACGAAGAGGUUGCCAUUGGUGGCUGGCAGCUGCAGCGCUCGCUCAACGAAGGUGGUCCAGCCACCACCUACAAGUUCCAUCGUUCGGUGAAAAUCGAACCAAAUGCCACUGUCACCGUUUGGUCCUCGGACUCGAGGGCCACACACGAGCCGCCAUCGAACAUUGUGAUGAAGCAGCAGAAAUGGAUGGUGGGCGACAUCACAAAGACGGUGCUCUUGAAUGCCGAUGGCGAAUCGGUGGCCAACUAUGAGCGAUUGAAGCGUACGGUCUCCACACAUGUGUCCUCCUCGCGUCUCAGUCGUCGACGCAGCAUUAGCGCUGUUGAUGGCAACGAGCAGCUGUAUCAUCAACAGGGAGAACCCAAUCGGACCGAUGAGAAGUGCUCGCUUAUGUAAGAGAACGGAGAGAGAAGAGCGCUCUACGAUAAUAAUUAAAACAAACAGCAGCCAGAUUAACACAUAGAGAACAACAACCGACAGUUAAAAGUAUCCAGCGUUAAGGUUAAGCAAUCCAUUUUUUGUGGCUACCCUAAGCAGAAGACUUAAUUUAAUUUAUUCAUAGUUUGUCAACCCACCCAUUGCCAUUGGAGGCAGUUUAACGAUUUACAUGUAUUUCAAAAUUUCUUUCACGUUUCAUUUCUUUUUCCCUUGUUCCGUUUCGUGUUCUUUUCAAAAUGACAAAUAUCAAAAACAACAAAAAUUUAUUAACUAUUAACGUUACGUGUUUCACAUUCAAAAUCAAAGUUAUCCACUUCCAAAUUCAUACCUGCUAAAACUUAUAAUAAUAAGCUUGUAAACUUUAUUUGGUAUGUUUAUAAUUAUAAUGUGUUCCUUCAUACACUACGAUUAUACAACCACAUAGAAUUUACAAAAAACAAAAAAAAAACUAUAUUUUCCGUUCUUUUUACUUUGUCCGUUCAAAAUGCUUUGGAAAUGCUGAAAAAGAAAACGCAGCAUUUUCGAUGCAUUUGUGUGACCCCAAUUAUAUCAACCAACAAAUAAAAAACAAAAGAGAAAAUACAUUUAUAUAUAUAGAAAUAUAGUUUUGUAAGCAGAUUUAAACAUACGACGAGAGCUCAUGUUAAACUAAACAAUAAAAUACAACUUAAACUACACAAAAACACCCACAUGUAAGCUCCUUAACAAUACCGCGUAUGUAUACUAAAAUUAAGUCUAUAUUUUGUACCAAGCAGAGCAUAUAAAAAUACAAUUCUAUAUAACAACAAC